AUGGCUGAAGAGCAAAAACCAGUUUUCGAGAGACUUCCAACAAAUGUGGUGCCAAAUCAUUACAUACUACACUUGAAUCCAAAUUUGAAGGAAUUCAAAUUUGUUGGAAGAUGUGCAAUCAAUAUAGAAAUAAAAGAAUGCACAGACAUCAUAAAACUGAACAGUUCAGAAUUGGAAAUAACUUGUGCAAAAGUUUGCACCGACAAAGAAGAAGAAGAGUACGAAUGUUGCAACUUUGACUACGACAAAGAAAACGAAGUCGUUUCUUUAAAAUUUUCAAAAAAAUUGCCUUGCAUGUGUGCUACUCUGAUUUUGGAAUUUAAUGGAAUAUUGAAUGAUCGGAUGCAGGGAUUUUAUAGAUCUGCCUAUACUGCCAGUGAAGGUUCAGAGAAAUUUGCGGCAGUAACCCAAUUUGAACCGACUUUUGCCAGGCAAUGUUUUCCCUGUUGGGAUGAACCUGCCCUAAAAGCUACUUUUGAUGUUAAACUUACAGUUCCUGAAGCAAUGACAGCUCUGUCAAAUAUGCCUGUAAGAAAACAGCAUACUUGCAAAGGAAAUUUGCAUGUGACUUUUGAAACGUCCCCAAUAAUGUCGACUUACCUUUUGGCAGUCGUUAUUGGAGAAUACGAUUUCGUUGAAGGGAAAAGCUACGAAGGAGUCCAGGUGAGAGUUUUUACACCAGUCGGAAAAAAAGAUUUGGGCCAAUAUUGUUUAGAAAUUGCAACAAAAAGUUUAUCAUUCUUUACUUGUUACUUUGGCAUCGAAUAUCCGCUCAAAAAACUAGAUUUGGUCGGGGUCACCAAUUUUUCUUCUGGAGCCAUGGAGAAUUGGGGACUGGUAACAUUCCGAGAAAAAUACAUUUUGCUGGAUUUAAACGAAUCGACUUCAUACGACAAACAAAUGCUGAUUGUGUAUGUUGGACACGAAAUUGCUCAUCAGUGGUUUGGAAAUUUGGUCACCAUGGAAUGGUGGACCCAUUUGUGGCUAAACGAAGGCUAUGCUCAAUUCAUGGAAAAUCUUUGCGUCCAACAAAUGAUGCCUGACAGUGAAAUUUGGACGCAGUUUAUUAGUGGCAGUUUUCGAAGUGCUUUAUUGUUAGAUGCCAAAGAAAAUUCGCAUCCCAUCGAAAUAGAAAUAGGACAUCCGAGUGAAAUUGCAGAAACUUUCGAUGAUAUUUCUUACGACAAAGGAGCAACUUUGAUCAAAAUGCUUCAUAAUUUUUUGGGCGAAGAAGACUUUCAAUUAGGUAUAAAAGCAUAUUUGAACAAACACAAAUACAAAAAUACUCAAACUGAAGAUUUGUGGAAAGCUUUUGAAGAUGCAAGUGGAAAACCAGUUGGUGAUGUUAUGAACACGUGGACCAAACAAAAAGGCUAUCCAAUCCUGAAAGUUUCCAUGGAGCAGGAUGGUAACACCAGGAUAGUUAUUUUGAAGCAGGAAAAAUUUACAGCAAAUGGAAGUGAAGAUCCUGCUAAACCUCAGUGGCUAAUACCGAUCAGGAUUAUAUCCGAAAAUUAUAGAAGCCAAGAUCGUAACAUUCCAAUUAUGGAAAAGGGUUGUCUUCGUAUCACUUUAACCGGGAUUUUGGAACUGCUAAAAGCAUACAAAACUGAAAAGCAUCCUACAGUAUGGUCAAAUAUUGAAUACGCCUUGAACGAGCUAAAAAAAUUGGCCGCAUUUGCUGAAUGCUGGGAUGAAUUUAGGUUAUUUGCUCUCGAUUUGUAUUCAGAAAUCAAGAAAAAUGUCACGUGGGAUCCAUCACCUUGUGAUAAACAUUUGGACGGUUUACUUCGUCAAAUGAUCAUUGAGGAUUUAGUUGGUUAUGGUGAUGAGGAUACUAUUAAGGAGGCCAAAUUAAGAUAUGAUGAUGACGAGUCAGAAAAACGCAAGCUGCACGCCGACCUAAAACCUUCUGCAAUAAGGGCCAUCCUUAGUACAACAGAUCCUCAAAUUUUGGACAAAAUGCUGGAGAAGUACAAAACUGAAACUAAUGCUGCUUUUAAGAUUAUUAUACUGGAAAGACUGAGCCAGGUGCAGACUCAGGAAUUGUUGCAGAAAAUUCUGGACUUUGGUUGGGGCAAAGAUGUUCCUUCGCAAGAUUUUGUUUUCAUCAUCUGUGGGGUUGCUAUGAACCCAGUGAGAGAAAAUGCAAAAUGGGUCUCAAGAGAUGGAUCAGAGCUCAAGAAAUUUUUGGCUGAGAAUUCUAAGUCUUCAGCAAGUCAAAAUGGUCAAAAUGGUAAAAAUGGAACAGGAAAAUGUGUGUGCAAAUAA